CGAACACCGAUGCUAGUCUGCAGCGGGUGCCAAAAUGCAUACAACAGCACUAAUGGUUACAAAGUGCUUGUCUCGGGAUAAUCUGCAUCUGGAUGUCUUGUCCGGUGCGAUGCUGGAUUGUUCAAAAGCUGAUCCUCUAUAUUUACAGGCCCCUUCCCAUGCAAUGAUGCCAUUCGGCACGCACUAUUCCUUACACCAUGGGGGAUCUUGCGGGCCUUGUAAGGACUACACGCCGUGACUUGCCAGGCAUGUCAGACAGGUGGGGUUUCCAAAGGGGUUCGAGAAGAACCCUAAAAGGGGAUCCGAACGGACACUACAGACCUCAGAGGGACCCAGGCAAGCCCCAGCCAGAACCACUCCACGAAGAGAUGACACAAGUGGACGGAAGCGGUCGAGAGGCUAACUCUCAGCUUCGCCCCAGCCUCCCAAUGGCCAGCCUCUGGCCGGGAUGGGAGGCCCUUCCGGCCAUACUAACUCGAGUGCCCCCAAGGCGUCCCGUCGGGCAACCUCGUCGCGACCGGCGCACUUCGCGAUCUGCCGCUCCCAUCGGCUCUCCAUCCGCAACAACAGCCCAACAAGCUCCUCCUAACCCGGCAUCCCCAUCUGGGCUUCACCCAAAACCCUUCAGAAGCCCCGCGCGCGCACCCUGCGCGCGCGUGAUCGGCCCGGGUCCCGAACCACAACCCCCGGCCCCAUACGUCCAGGCCAGCACCACCACCGCCGCCGCCGCCGCCCAAACAGUGAGCAGCAGCACCAACCCAGCUCUCACCACAGCGACCCGUCCCCCGUCGUCGCCGCACAUCACAACGGCGCUCACCCCUGAGAUCCUCAAACGCCUUCUUGACGCCUUCGAUCACGCCCUCGGCGGCUCCCACGCGCGCUACGUCGUGGCCGGGCGCGCAGCGCUCGUUGUCUGGGGGCUUCGCAUCGCCCACCUCAUGCCCUCGAAGGUGAGCAUCCUCUGCCCGGAGGCGGCCGAUCGCGACGCGAUGGUCACGCGGGCAAAGAAGCUUGGCUGGUGGGCUACACCUUGUCCCGGUGAGGGUGAUGCCUGGUUCUUGGCCGUGCCUGUUAGCGUCAACGACAGUGGUACUACUGGUAAUAGCAGUAAUCCUGCUGCUGGUGGUGGUAAUGGUACUGUGACGGUAGGGAUGAUUCUUCGCGUGACAGCGGACAAGGCGGAGUGGGAGAGGCUAGAAAAGGGGACCGUCAGCCCUGCGCAACUGGCUGAGCCGUACAUAGGCUGGGUCGGGGAGAUGUUGCGCACGACAGCUAAAGUCCUGCACCCGCCCGCGCUGCUGGACAGGUUUGCUGCUCUCUGGCUAGAGGCUGCGCAGCGCCCGGGCGUGGCGGUGGUAAAGGCUGUGCAUGGGCUGGCGAAGAUGAUUCUGUGGAUGCUCCGCCGGUUUGAGGAGGAUGUUACGCGCAGCGGAGGAGGCAGGUGGCGGUUGACGGAGCACGACGUGUCCCGUGUGGUUGACGCGCAGUUUUGGAUUCCGUUUGUGCGCAGCCAUCCUGGGUCGCUGACGCUGUUGACGAAGUGCGGGCUGCGAGGCCCGAUGGAUGGGUAUCUCCUUGGCUUGGAGCGUAGCACCAGUGGAGACGGACCCAAGAAUGAACCAUCUGAGGUUGAAGUUAUUGAAAGGGCUCCUGAAGGUGAAGCUGUUGAAAGCGCUCCUGAGGCUGAAGUUGCUCAAAGGGCUUCUGAAGCUGAGGUUGUUGAAAGGGCUUCUGAGGAAGAAGCUGCUCAGAGGCCGUCUGACGCUGAACUCGAAUCAGCCUCAGAUGCUGGAUUUGACAGCCCUUCUUCACCACAGUCUACAGCUACAACCCACGAAGGGGAGGAGACCAUCCCUCGCCAGUCCCUUCUCGAGGAUCUGCGCAGCAUUGAUCUUGCCGGUCCGGCCCCUUACUCACACCUACGCUCUGAAGAGGUGGACCGCGGCAUGAUCAAAUACCGGCCUUACCGCCGUGCUGACGCUGAUCCGUGGUUUGGGCCCCAUCCACAUCCGACCUGGAGAAAAGACGCAAGGCAUGACCUUGGCAUCGACAUCGUUGAGCUUUACUGAUGCUGCGGCAUGUUGAAGCUACGUUUGUUCGGCUGCAGAGAGAUACUUACCUUCGCUUAGUGAUGGUCUACUAGAUCUUUUGAAGAUAAAGCAUAAAGCAUCCGCUCCCUUUCGCCUGGCGAG